AUGUGCAAAGAUAUCAGCAAUUACAUUUAUGAAAAAUUCGAUCACAUAUUUUCUUUCUACUGCUUUCAUUGGAUUCUAGAUCAAAGGCAAGCUAUAAAAAAUAUAUUCGAUUUACUGAAAUCCGGCGGAGAUAUUCUGUUAACGUUCGUUGCCACUUGCCCGAUUUAUAAUAUAUAUGAAUUGAUGGCGUCUAAACCAUGGAGUUUUUUUGUCAAAUACGGAGAUGUACAUAUCGCCAUAUCACAAUUGCAACGAUUCUGA